AUGGCAAGGACUGCGUCUUCGACUCUAACCAAAAAUGUGCCCAUAGUAGAGGUCGUGCAAGGAAUCAUCCAGAAACGGGACUACUAUGGCCAGCUUGGUAUAGUCAGGUCAAAACGACGUGAAGCUCGGAACAGUUGCAUAAGCGGCUGCGCUCGAAGUGGCGCGUUUGCAGCCUGCGGCUGGAAUCGAGACUCACCGAAGCGAAACUACGCGAAAGUUCGGAUAGGACCUAUUGGCUCCGCGGACAAGCGGCGUGGAACAGCUUCCUCUCGUCAGUUGCCGAGGCGUUUUGCCCCUUGUGUCUCGCUGAUUGACACCUUUGGUGCUGUGGGCAUUGGUGAAGGCUCGUCCUCAUCUGCCUCAGUUGACCUAGGUCCGACGUCGCCAAAAUCCCAAGAACGCGGUUUCGGUAGCACCCCAGAGGAUUGUAUGGGUCCAGACAUUGAGACCCUCAUCCUCGUACUCUACCGUCUGUCAAGGAGAACAAGAAACAAAACCAGUGAAAAGAACAGGAUGUCCGUAAAAGUCGAUUCUUGUGUUAGCCCAACGAAGCCUUGCGAAGAACAAACACCGGUCGAGGAAUACUUCUUUGAAGGUGCGGAGAAACUUCUGGAAUUGUGGUUUGGAAACAGAAACGCAAAAACCGGGUCGCUUCGCCUCAUUCCUAGAUAUGAGCUUGAUGCUAUGCUCGAUAUUGCCAGAUGCAAAGUGCUGCAGUCUGCGCAUACUGGACAUAUCGACAGCUAUGUACUAAGCGAGAGCAGUUUGUUCGUAUCGGAGCGUCGCCUUAUUCUGAAGACAUGCGGAUCCACACGCCUUCUGGCUGCGUUGCCGAUAAUAAUCGAGCUCGCAAAAAGUUAUGGGGGCUUUGAUGAGGUAGUCUCAGUGUACUACUCACGCAAGAAUUUCCUUCGUCCCGAAUUGCAGCCUGAAGAGCACCGCUCUUUUGAUGCAGAAGUUGAAUAUCUGGACGGAUUCUUUCAUGAUGGACAUGCCUACUGCAUGGGAUCACUCAAACAGGACUGCUGGUAUCUAUACACCUACCAUGUUCCCCAACCUGUCACAAAAGUAGCUGAUCAUACACUGGAAAUACUUAUGACAGAUCUUGAUGAGGACGUAUUGCACACCUUCACAAAGGAUGCAUGUGAAAAUGGAAAGGAUUGUACGGAGCGUGCCGGAAUUAAUCGCAUUGUUCCCAAGGGAACAGUCAUUCACGAAGAACUUUUCGAGCCAUGUGGAUACAGCAUGAAUGCGUUUUUGCCGGACUCGGAUCACUAUGCCACCAUUCACGUAACGCCUGAGAAGGAGUUUUCGUUCGCGUCAUUUGAAACCAACCAAGACCUCGUCUGUUUGUACAAACAAACAAAGGAAGUGCUGAAUUGCUUCCGUCCUGGGAAACUUCUAAUGACUGUGUUUGCAAACGAUGGCUCGAGCAAGGGGCGUGAUGCUCAGCAACAGUUGUGGGAUCGCGAACUCCCGGGAUACAAGCGCACCAAUGUGCAGUUUGUCAGACUUGAGACGGAGACGCUGGUAUAUGCACACUUCGUGAGGAAGGACGGCACGGAGUCUUCAAGCGAUGAGGAUGAUGGAGCACUCAGCGAAUAG